AUGUACUGGAAAUCCGGUAUCGAUUGUCAUUUGUGUAUUGUGAUUUCCACUCUCGUGCGCAUUACUGGCAUAGCCACAGCGCUGAUUACCCCCCUCGUCUGUAAUGGAAAAACCCGUACCGCUGUGUUCGAUACACAAUUUCGGUACCAACUUCAGCCUGGUUCAUACCAUAUUGCAACGUUGAACGUGGCCACCCUACACAUUACGGUUGCCUCUGAGUAUGGAGCCUAA